GGCCGCACCGGUGCGCGGGGACAGUUGGACCACAUUUCUCCUUUGCUGUCAAUGGAUUUAUGCAUUUAAAAUACAAGAAUUUAAUAUUAUUUAACGUUAAAAGCAAAACUUUGGAGAUGGAGUGAUUAAAAAAGACAAACCCGGAGGAGAUUUUGGAUUUAUGUGUCCGAUGAAAAGAGAAACUGGACUUUGGCUUUGUUCUGCAUUCGGUUCGGAUUAAAUGUUUAUAUUUUCACUGUCUAAAAAGAUUUUUAACCUAUACAAUUACGCAUUUAUAGCAAGUUUAGUAAUAGUAAUUUAAGAUAUACAUCUAAGAAACUUUGUUUGAAAAAAUACCACAACAACAUCAAUAACAUAGCAAUUGUUCCGAAUUGUAAUUUUAUUUGUUUUGAUGCACUUUAAAGAUUACAAUUGCUUUGCAAUCUGUGUAUAUUCAGAUAUUUAUUAUGCACCGUACAUUUUGUGCUUCUCAGCCAUUUUCAAUAGCACUUCCCUAAACAAAGGACUCAAUUCAAAAUGUAUUAUGCGUGUGCUUAUAAUGCAUCUUGUAGGUUUAUAAAAAGCAUGCAUGGUAUAACUGUUUAAUGCAAAGUGUCAUUGUAAAGUUGAUAGUUUUGUUACACAAACUGUUGACCUAGAUAUUGGUUUUGUUUUGGCUCAGAGGCUCGAGGCCUGUUUUUAAAAUGCUAUUCAUGCAUUCUGAGUCUACCUUAAUGAAACCCGGCAGAAGAUGGCUGAUACAACCAUACAAACUCCAGUCCUCACUAUUUUAUGUGCAAUUUGACUCACCUCUUCUGGCAAGCAUUCAUUAGUUCCCAUGUACUAAGCCUUAAAGGUUGAAGAUAACCCCAGAGAGCCCAAGUAAACCCUGCUGUUUUAACCCAGAUAUGUCUGAGAGUUAUAUAUCGGGUCAGACCUCGGAGGACCUCUUGGUUGAUUUUGAGUCUUUGUUGAAUAAUGGCAGUAUUGAUCUCAGUGAGGAUCAUCAAAUUGUCAUCAUCUCUACUCCCAACACGGCCACGACCAGCACUGCAGUGGGGGACCUACUGCUGUUUGCCACCCCACACAAUACCACCAGCACCACCACAAAUCUGCCCGACCUCAGGAGACCCACCCUGGGCAGACCUCCGGUAAAGAGAAAGUUAGAUUUGGACAGUGAUCACCAGUACAUUUGCACGUUCCGACCCACUUCACAUGGACCAGCACCUCCGGCCACGCCCGCACCACCCAGAGUGCCUAAAUUGGCUACGGAGAAAUCUCGCUAUGACACGUCUCUGAAUCUGACCACCAAACGCUUCCUGGACCUGCUCGCUCAGUCACCGGACGGUGUGGUUGACCUGAACUGGGCCUCUCAGGUACUGGACGUCCAGAAACGACGCAUUUACGACAUCACCAACGUCCUGGAGGGUAUUCACCUGAUCUCCAAGAAGUCCAAGAACAACAUUCAGUGGCUGGGUAAUCGUAUAGACGGAGCAUCUCUGGCGAAAUUUCAGAAGCUGCAGCAUGAGUUAUCUGAACUGACGGAGGCGGAAGAAAAACUUGAUGAGCUCAUUAACAAAUCCAGCCUACAACUACGGCUCCUCACAGAGGACACACAUAACAAGAAGUUAAGCUACAUCAGAUGUCAAGAUCUGCGUAACACCGUGGAUCCUCCAGAUCAGAUCGUCAUGGUGAUCAGAGCUCCACCAGAAACACAGAUGCAGGUGUCUGAACCCAGUGAGGGUUACCAGAUCUCUCUAAAAAGCUCCAGAGGUCCGAUCGAUGUGUUUCUGUGUCCAGAGGACAGUUCUGGGGUUUGUAGUCCUGUCACUGAUUGUAGUCCUGCUAAAUCGUCCAGUCUGACCCCAUCUCAGCCUGACACUGCCUCACAGGAAGUGACAUCAUCUACGCUCCCUAGCUCCUCCCCUCUGCCUCUGGGUACUAACUCAGACUCGUUUCUGGACUCUGAUCCUUUUUCUGGCAUUUGUGAGAUGCCGGAUUUCGACUUGUCUCCGUUGGACUCUGACUUCCUGCUUGAGCGGGGCGGGGUGGUGGAAGGGCUCGGUCUCCCAUUGGACAGUUUCAUCUGCCUCUCACCCCCACACAACCAGGACUAUCACUUCGGUCUGGAGGAGCACGAGGGCAUCAGCGAGCUGUUCGACUGCGAUUUUAGCGACCUCGGUCCUCUGGAGUUUUGAGGGACCGAUUAAAGUGUCGAUUUCCCCUUUUGCUCUCGAUUCUCAGUGUGAACGGGACACAGAUUCCACAGCGCUUCACUUUUCAAUCCAGAUUCAUCCAUCUGGCUCUAGUCGCAGCACACGCCAUUUAAUUUAUUUAAACAAAUAUUAAGUCACCUACAAUCUCUUUUUUUCAUUGUAUUUUUUGGUUUGAAUUUGCUGUAUUUUAAUGUUGUCGCGAAGGUUUUUAGGAUGUCGUAAACGUCCCGAUGAGAGGUUUGAAUAUAAACUGACGAGGUUUUAUGGAAUAUAUCUCAGGAGUAUCUUAGAGUAUUUCGGGUGAGUGAUAAUGUGCUAGUUGUUUAGGUUGUGGUUAUGUUGCAUAGGUUGGUUAUGCAUGCCGCACGAUAAUCGAUCGUUUUUAUGACGACAGAGAAUUUGUAGCUUGUUUUAGAAAGUACAGGCGAAAACAAAAGCCAGGAUCCAGGACUAAAUGGAAGUGGACCAUCAAACGAAUCAUUCUGUUUCUAAUCACACAUUCAUCAUGCCACAGACGUUCUGAGUCUUUUUAAGCAUUUAAAGUGUGGAUUUGUUUGAUUUUUAUUACAGGGAUUGUUCUGUAUUCAUAUCUGCUCCUGGUACAGAUACAUGCCCAGUUAUUAUGUUCCCAUAAUUCUCUGUUUUGUCGUGUAUUUUGUGUCGUAUUGCCUGCGCAUGGGUGUAAAUAGUCCCAUACUUUCCUGACUCUUAAUAUUAAUCUUGAUAUUUCCAAAAAGCACUAUAUAUUUUUUUUUCUUUAUUCCUUUGGUCUUUUUCUGGAGUCCGAAUAUAGAAACAUAAUAUCUUGGAUGAAACUUGAUGGCGUUAGUUAAAUGUGCAACAUUUAAUUUGUGGCCUUGAUAUUGGGUUUUUGGGAAGGCUUCGUCAGAGGACGUAUGAAAUAUAGAGUCAUGUUGGGUUCGAAUGAUAUGAUGUCUCUUGUUGUGAGAUAUUUAAAUGCAAUUUGGUUGCAUAUAUACAGUAGAAUAGAUAUAAAGGACCCUGAGGUUCACGAGGACACUGUUAUAUAAAUUCUUCACUUUAUUUAAAUGUAUAUUUUAAUGCAGAGUUUUGCCUUAUUCUGUUUUCCAAAGGCAGCUUUUUGUUCUUUGGUUCUGAAUGUGUUGGGACGAAAUUUAAAUCAUAAAUCUGUGUCAUGGAUUGUACAAGUGUUGUGUAAUCUGAUGUUCAUAAGGAGGUUAAGUUGCUUAUAUAUCGUGUUUUAUUGAUUUCGUUCUUUUGGUAAGGUUGAGUUGUCUGGGACAAUUCUUACGACAGAAUCAAGCGCUUUGUUUUAGGGAGUGUGACUAGUGUUUCAAUGCAUCUAAAUGUAUAAUGCCAAUAUUUUUGUGAGAUGGAUUUUCUCUGAAGAAUUGACUUUAUAAACCACUUAAAAAGUGGACUAAAGCUAAAGAAUGUGUAUGCUUUUCAAAUUAAAGGUGCUGCCUGUAAGUGAUUGGUGAUGGUCCUAUUCCCUGAAAGAUUACUGAAAUAAGUGUUGUAAGAUAUUUACCUGUCUCUGUCACAGCUCUAAACU